AUGUAUCUUGUCGUUUGUCACUUUAUUUCUAUUAAAUAAAUUAAAUUAAAUAAUACAAAGUAAAUUUAAAGAAAUAAAGCUCUUUCUUUUAUGCAAGCAUAUUUCUUUUAAAUAACAUAUUUCGUAGAAUAUAUUGUAUUAUAUGAGAAUUUUGUAGCGAUACACGUGGAACGUGCAUUACACAGAUAGCGAAAAAAUAUUUGCAUUGUAAAAGUAUAUCGAUAAAAAAUACGAUUUCGCUCUUUUGCGCUAUUUGGAUUUUUAUUUGGAAAACGAAAAUACCUAUAUAUAUGAUAAGACAACGUGAAUUUUGACACGCGAUAAAUUUUAUGCAUGAAUAAGAAUGUAUGAUAUUUUGAAGUUCCUCGAGAUAUAUAUUUUUAUAAAAUAUACGUUCCAUUAUUUAUUUACACGUGCUAUAUUAUUCCUACUUGUUCAAAUUAAAGAAAUUAAAUAACAUGCAAAACACAAAAUUCAACAAAUAAAACACACCGUAGAUGCUUCCACCUCGUUUCUGUGCCAGUUUGUGCAAAACCAUGCGAUAACACCAACCUUGAAUGAGUGUAGAAAAUGCAUUUAACUUAAUGAUUGAUAGUAUUAGAUAAAAAGAUAAUCGCUGAAUAUAAUCUUAUUGUAAUGUUUAAGAAUUUAUGUAAACUUGAUAUAAAAAAUAAUUUUUUAUACAACGUAAUUAAUAUGUAAAUUAAUUUUUAAUUAUUAUGUAAGAUAUGUAUAAAUGUAUAAUUUAUAUUUUGCUAUUUGUCUAUUUUUAUUAUUUUUUUUUAAUUACAUUAUAUAAAACACUAUAUGCAUGCUAAAUUAGAAGCGGUUUUCCCGAAAUGUCAAUGUCAAAUCAUUAAUCGUUGUUUAAUAUGCAAUUUUACUUUUUAAUUUUGCUCACGCGCUGAUCUUUUUAUUAAUAACUCGCUAGUCGCGUCAGUGCCGCUUAUGUGUUCAAAGGAUCCAAACGACUUACGCAGGAGUCUACGCAAACAAAGGAAUCUACGCAAAAGAAGCCAUUUAUAAGAAAUAUUUGAAUUAAUUGGCGAAGUGACCUUCGAUCAUUGCUUGUUUCUCUAAUUUUUAAUCAAGUCAAACAUAUAAUGUGUGAUUCUAAAAUAUUACCAAAAAAAAAGAAAUAGAUAAAAUGUCUAUCUAUCGAGACAGUUGCGAGGAAUGCACUUUGAAAUUCAUUGACAACGAUAAGUAGUGAUCUACUGGUGUAUACAUAUAAUAGAGAAAAUGCAUUCGAAGAAUCACUGAAGAAAUCAAACAGCAGAAAUUUGACAACCGGAGAAGUUUCUCGAAGUUUGUACAAUGCUAAAUCCGCCGUAGAAGUGUUCUAAGCGGAGAAGCGUUACGUGGUUGAAGUCGUGAGAGAAGCAGAAUACGAGGCAGUAUUUGCGAGCAAAGGAGCAACAGAAGGAAAGGGCAACAAAAAAGAGAAAGUAAGAAAGAGCUAUAGAAGAUCUAUAGAAGAAAAGAGAGAGAGAAAAACGGACCUUUGAGAGUUCUACUAGCAACGUAGAACCGAUUUAGCACAUGUUUCGUUUAGGUUCGAAAUAAAGGCAAGAACAGUUAUUUGAGCGGCAAGAAGGGACUUAGAAUAUAGACAAAGAAAGACAGACGAAAAGCGAUAGAAGAGAAAGAAAAAUACAAUUUUGUUUUUUCUAGACCGAUCUACUCGAGAUGAAUAAGGACAACCCGAGUAACUUACAUAUGACCGAGAAUAUUGGCGAGGAUACUACUGCGAGGAAGAUACAAUGGCGCAAUCUCGUGGCGUUUUGGAUUCUAGGACUGUGUAACAAUUACGGCUACGUUGUUAUGCUGAGCGCUGCCCAUGAUAUCCUCAAUAUCAAGUUCGGUGAUAAGAAUUCCACGAUAAACACAAAUGGCACAAAUAUUCCGUCGCAUACGACGGAGAUUCGCUCAUGCAACACACUUUCGACCGGUGCAAUACUCUUGGCAGAUAUUCUACCAGCGUUGGCGAUUAAGAUGACAGCACCGUUCCUGCCGUUUCAUGUAAAUUUUCGAGUCGCUAUCUGUGUGUUAUAUUCCGCUGCAGGAUUUCUCAUGGUGUCAUUGAGCACUGUUGAAUGGCUCGCCAUUGCGGGCGUCGUCAUAACAUCGCUUUCCUCCGGCUUGGGUGAGGUCACCAUGCUCAGUUACAGUAAUCAGUUUUCCAAUCAGGUGAUUUCGACAUGGUCAUCGGGAACAGGAGGCGCCGGAGUGAUCGGUGCUAUAUCUUACGCCACUCUUACUACGAUAUUGUCUAUCGAGAACACAUUGUUGAUCAUGUUAAUUGUGCCACUUUUGCAAGCAAUCGCGUUCUGGUGUAUUUUGAAACAUCCGGCGCAUAUCAGAAUAUCAGUUAUUAAGAACGGUGUCAAGAGUCAAGAGCAGAUCAUCAAGGUCCCCGAGAAGAGCAUCAUGGACAAGAUCAAUUUGAUGCCUGGCUUGUUGAAAUACAUGAUACCGCUUGGGCUGGUUUACCUUUUUGAAUACUUCAUCAAUCAAGGCCUGUACGAGCUUAUCGAAUUCGAUGACAUUUCGUUGAAACCACACGAACAAUAUAGAUGGCUCCAAGCGGAUUAUCAGAUAGGUGUAUUUAUCUCGAGAUCAUCGGUAAACCUAGUUACGAUUAACAGAAUUUGGAUUAUGUCCGUGUUGCAGUUUAUUAACGUCAUUCUUCUCCUCUUUGAGACUCUUUUCUAUUAUAUACCGAAUAUAUGGAUCGUUUUCGCCCUUGUAUUGUGGGAAGGUCUACUUGGUGGUGGGGCGUAUGUGAACACUUUUUACCAGAUGUCAACUGAGAUUUUGAAAGAGGAUCGUGAGGUCUCUAUGGGAAUCGCGACGAUGUCGGACUCGAUCGGAAUCGCGUUGGCCGGCUGGCUGUCCAUGCCGGUCCACAAUGCCAUUUGCAAGCUGCCCCAGCCGAAGAGAUUAGGUAGCUAAAGAUAUCGCGAAUCUUUUAUCUCAUUUAUCACACGGAGUGAUAACGAAGUUUCCGCGUGUGGAAAUUUUUGUUUCUGAAAGUCCCUUAAUGCGAUACGUCUGUAUUUACAGCAUCGAAAAUCGAUACGAUUUGUUUCUAGUAAGCAUUUAGCAAUUUUAUGUAGACUAAGUUUUAUCACGCGAUUGACGUUUGAUAUCACAAGAAAGCAAUGUAUUGGUUUGAUGACGAUUUUAUAAUGCGAACAUUUACGAAGUCUGCGACAUUUCGAGGUACACUAGCAUUAAAAAAAAAAAUAUCUCAGGAUGCAUGAAUUUUCAUCAUCCUUUGUAAAAAUUUUAAUUGUUUUGUAAAAAUAUUUUUAAAAAAAGUAUUACCUCUUUUUCUAGAUUUUCUAAAAAACUUUUUAAAGCCACGACUGUCUCGCUUAAGAAUUUUUUAGAUUCAUGUUUUUCACGAAUCGAUUUAUGAUUCAUAUAACAUGAGUGAUUCAUGAUUCAUAUAACGCAGUUUUUAUUAGAAACAUUUCCGAACUUUAUUCGAUACAAAUGUUUAAAAGACUUAAAAAGAAUAGGUCAUAUAUUAUGCGACAUACUCAUAUACAAUACAUUAUAUGACGACAUAGCACGUGAUAAGCUUGAAGCACGUGACAUAUUAGGAAUAUCGACGCUUUUUUCUUAUGAAAUGAAGGAAAACUUUUUCAAAAUAAUGUACCCUUUCAGUCCUUUGCGGGUUGUACUGUACUUUACGAUACUCGCCUAAAUUUCGAAUUGUACUGCAUUCCUCUCCAUUUUUUCAUGAUAGUGUAUCUAAAUUUUUUGAUUUGUACUGUGGUUUUGUUCCUUUUCUUUAAUACGUAAAUGAAUUUGAAAACUACUAAAACGUAAUUUUUUGAUUUUUAUAUUGUUGCAUUAUUUCCGGCAACGACACGAAAACAGGUUGUCUCGUGUGUAUUUUGAGAUUGUAUACCACAAAAUGUUAAUCUCGUUCGAAGACUAUCUCAUAGUAUUAAUAACUACACAGUAACGAAUUGAUUUCACCGAAGAAUUAUAAAUUACUUAAUAACGCAUAUGUCGUUUCCACUGUGAAUUAGAUAUAAAGGUUACUAGUUUAAACUAUCAUGUUUCUAUUUUGAUAUAUUAUAUUUUUCGUACACAUUUUGAUUGAAAGAUUGUGAUUAAAUAUUAUACUUUUUAUGUCGAUUUU